CAAAUAUGUGCUUAUAGCCAAGACGGAGCGACUUAGAUAUGAACCAACAUGUUAACAAUGUGAAAUAUAUUGGGUGGAUCCUUGAGAGUGUUCCACAUUCUAUUGUCGAGAACUAUGAGCUUGCUAGCCUAACUUUAGAGUACCGCCAAGAGUGCAAAAUGGAAAGCGUGGUGCAAUCCCACACUUAUGUAAUGGUAAGCAACAAUGGCAAAAUAGGGGUUUAUGAUCUUGUUGAUUGCAAGCAUGCGCUUCAACUUGAGACUGGAGGUAGUGAUAUCAUGAGAGGCUGGAGUAUAUGGCGGCCAAAACAAUAUGGAAAUAGACUAGGACUCGAAUGAGGGUAACUCUUAGUUCUUUAAUUGGAAGUAAAAGACCUAAAGGUCAUAAAACAACAAAUGUUACCAUUGG